AUGUCUUUGCACGCGUUGAGAUCACGAUGCAUACCAAGACUUGCAAGGUCUAUUCCAUGCCAGCUGCUUGGCUCUUCAGCACGAUGUACUGUCUGUCAACUUCCAUCAGCCAGGAGCAGAUUUUCAAAUAGGCAACAAAAGACAGCGUAUAGCAGCACAUCGUCGUCGUUGGACCCCAGUGCAGAGUUUGGUCAGAGCUGGGACGAGUACAAGAAAUUCUUUCAUUUCCCGCCAGCCUCGCUGGCUGCCGACUUUCAGGUCGGCCAAAAGGUUACAGUGCACGGCUUUCUGCAGAAGCGUCGUGACAGAUCUUCGCGUCUUAGUUUUGUCGACAUCGUGGUUGACAAUGGACCGAGACUGCAGCUCAAGUCUGAAUGGUCUGAAAAGGACUCGCCCGCACACCUUGCUCACCAGCAGCUCAAGUCGGUGCCCGCAUGGAGCUCCGUUGCCGUCACCGCUCACGUGUCCAGCCUGAAAGAUGGCGGAAACGCCGGUUCGACGCCAUCAUCAUCAUCAUCAUCAUCUGCUGGCGGCAGAUUCCCACCUGGCUUGGAAGAAGUGGAACUUGAACUCGUCUCCAUCCAGGCCCUCAACCCCUGGCCCAAAGACAUCAUUGUGUCUGAGGGAGUUCAGUUCCCAGCUACGGCUCGGCAUCUCCAGCUUCGGUUUUCUGAUGCUCUGAGAGAUAGGAUGAGGUUUCGUCAACAUGUCAAGUCGAGCGUAACCUCGUGUCUGGAGAAGGAAAACUUGGCCGAGGUUGAGACUCCCAUCCUCUUCAAAUCGACUCCUGAAGGAGCCCGCGAGUUUCUGGUGCCAACAAGGCGGCCGGGGCUCGCAUACGCUCUACCACAGAGCCCCCAACAGUAUAAGCAGACGCUUAUGGCUGCUGGCUUUGGUGGCUACUUUCAGUUUGCGCGAUGCUUCCGAGAUGAGGAUCUCAGAGCGGACAGACAACCUGAGUUUACGCAGUUGGACAUGGAGAUGUCAUUCGCAACGGGCGAGGAUGUGAUGCGGACUGUCGAAAUGCUCAUGAAACAACUAUACACCAAUAUCGCCGCGAAUUUCGUUCAAGCUGUUGGUACGGAUGGCUGGCAUCCUGUCAGCCGUGACAGACAGCGUACGAAACGAGCCAGCUCUGACGAAAGUGUCCGAGACUUCCCUUCCAUCGAUGAUGGGCCGUUUCCACGCAUGUCCUACCAAGACGUCAUGUCGAUGUACGGAUCCGACAAACCUGAUCUGAGGAUACCAGGCCAGAUUGAGCGGGUGGACCAUGUGCUGCCAGCUCAGUUUGUCAGCAUGAUCUCAGAAAUCGAUAACCCAAUCAUUGAUUGCUGGCGGUGUACACUUGAUGGGGGCUCCCCACGAGAAUACCACAAGUUUUUCAGCAAGAUCCUGUCUAACCUCCCCCUUGGUCUCAACCGCAAUCCCGACGGCGAGCCUGCAAUACUAGUGCAUGACUCCAGCAGGCCUCUGAACGGCUUCUCGUCUCUCGGCUUUGAGGCCGCAGAGAAACUGACGUCCGAUAUGCAAGAUGGUGACGUGCUCGUCCUGCAAGCCCGUCAAAACCGCCCCUUCGAGGGAGGAUCCACCGCCCUCGGCACCCUUCGCUCUCUUAUCUACAACGAGGCCGUGGCCGCUGGCUACAUGGCUGCGGACCCAUCCUUCAAGUUCCUUUGGGUUACGGGCUUUCCCCUGUUCACCCCGGCCAAUGAGGGCACGACGGACCCUGGCCAGGGCGGCUCGGCAGGCUUCUCGUCAACGCACCAUCCCUUCACGGCGCCGCUUACUUCCCAGGACUUUGAGCUCCUGGCUACGGACCCGCUGCGGGCCAAGGCGGACCACUAUGACCUCGUGCUAAACGGCUGCGAACUUGGAGGCGGCAGCCGACGUAUCCACGUGGCUCACGUGCAAGAGUUUGUGUUUCGCAGCAUCCUCAAGAUGACCGACGCCGGCGUCGCGCAGUUCCGCCACCUGCUCGAGGCGCUGAGGGCCGGCUGUCCACCGCAUGCCGGCUUCGCACUAGGCUUCGAUCGCCUCGUGGCCAUGCUGAGCGGCACCGGGUCGGUCAGGGACGUCAUUGCGUUCCCCAAGUCUAUGAAGGGCGAAGAACCUUUUGCCGGGAGCCCGAGCUUCAUGACUGAGGAGCAGCUUGAGACUUAUCACCUGAGGCUGAGGGAUGGAAAGUCUGUAAAGUCCUGA